AAGAUUCUAACACAACCUAAACAUAAUAUCAUAGAUUACUGUGCACCCUUCAAUCUUCUUCAGCCUGAACCCUCACCGUCUCUCCUCUCAUCCAUUCUGCACUGGCUUUGUCCUGUAUCGAUUGUCUCUCUGAUUAAGCAAAACCGUCGAGAAGAAAGAAUGGGAGAGGAGUGAGAGGUCAGGAAACCCAGAAACGCCUUUUUAUCUUCUCAACCACCAGCUUCAAUUCCGACCCAAAGUCGUCGAUCCUUAUCUUUCCCAGCGACUGAGGUGCACUGAAAACAACGUUGUAAAGAGAAAUAAUUUAGUGGCGGAGUCAAGAAAUGGAUUUUUUUUAUGGACUAAAGACUGAACAGAUGCUGAGAUCCAAAUAAUGCAGGAACCCUUGCAUAUUUGACACCGUACCCAGGCGCUGACACGGAGACCUAGCUCACUCUCGCCCACGUUUCGCUACACUCGGCUGGUACAAGUGCAACGCGUCGCUCGUAGGGUCGCCCAAACAAAUAUUCAGACAAAAUGGACAUAUGGAAGGAAUGGAAGGUUUCCCGGUGAAGUGAUUGUCACAACCAUCCACUUGUCUUGAAAUAUUUUUUUGCAUCUGCACUCUUCCCUUUAUUUUUCUGUUUGAGAGGAAUACGUUGCUGAUGCAAGGCCAAAAGAGUACUGUUGAUUCCUUCUCUGGAAUUGAACAGGGAUCCAUUUCAAAUAACACUGGUAUGAAUCAGCAGAAUUCUUGGAAUCAUAACAUGCUGAAUCCUGUGGAAAACCAGCUGUCAAAUUACAUGCGGUCUUCUAAUGAGACAAAUUUUACAUGUGGGAAUGCUGUUAAUCAUGAUGUUCGGAACUUCUCUGGCUGGAAUUUGGGUGAACCUAGCUCUAGUGUGAAUCCACAAAACCAGGUCACUGAUGACAGUAUAAAAAUGGAACAUAGUUGGUCUCCUUCAUUCAGUGUUCAUGCUGGAUCUGCUCCAAGGGAAGAAAGGCUAUUUGAACCAGCUGGUAUUCUUUCUCGUGGGAGCGCUAAUGUUGGGCUACGUAGCAGUCAGGUUACGAGUGGGCAUUUAUUUCUUCCGAGUUCCAGUUCUAAUAACAUUCCUCAGAAUGUAAAUCUAAAUGCAGGAUAUGUUGGCAGUGGUGGUAAUGGCGGACAGGGUAUGAGAGGAGGUGUACACUGUAAUCUCUACAAGUCAGGUGGAUCAGAAACUGAGCAGAUGUCAUCUGGUAUUAGUUUUGCUGACAAUGUUGGGUCUUCUUCUGGAAGUUCCGGUAAGUUUGUGGAGGAGAAUGAUUGUGGGUCAAGUUCUUCGGCCAGUUGGGGUUCAUCAUGCAAGAGAAAGGCUCUUGAAGGUACUUCAGGUCAGUCUUAUCCAGGUGGAAGUUCAAGCUGCUUUCCACAAGCUGAGAGCAGUGUAUGGCAUGCUGUUCCUCCUCGAUAUAAUGCUUCGGGAAGCUUAAAUAUAUCUGCAGCCCCAGUGAAUACUCCUACUGGUAGUCCUCCAGAACAUCUGAACCCAAGAAUUGGGGUUGGGAUCAGAGCACUAACUUCUGAUGCAUUUCCUUCGUUAGGUGCCACGGGAAAUGCUGAAAGCUCCUUUAGGAAUUUCAAUGGGAGAGCAACUACAGGACAUCCACAAGACUCUGUCCCAUUUAGUCUAUCAUCAACAGGGAGUAGAUGCCCUAAUGUUUCCUUGCCCCAUCAAUCAUCUAGGCCACUCCCAGUUAGUGAUUCUCUGGACAUAAGAUCGACAACUGGAGUGGCAACUAGUACGAUUGCUGCCCAGAGCCAGACACAUAUUAUGCAUAUUCCUGGCUUCUCAAGGGAUGUGCUACCUUUCCCAUGGAAUGGACCUUUGAAUUCCAGAGCUGGUAGUUCAUCACAUUCUCUGGUCCUUCCUGCUGAGAGAGGUACUGCAUUACGGGAGGAAGCAAACUUAAGAAGCAUCCCAAGAAACAAUACAGAGCAUCCCAUGUUUGCUCCGACAACUGAGACAAGAAAUGUGGCACAAGAUCCAACGAAUUGGAGUUUAGCCACUGGAAACAUGGGGACUCCUGGAGGUGUUCCUUCUACUUCUCGAAUUGGCCCCAGUUCAAAUGUCCAUACUUUGCCUACUCCUUCCUGGAUACCGAACCACAAUCCCCCAGCACAAAAUCAGCCUAGGUUAUCUGAAUUUUCCCCUUGGUCUUUGUUUUCACCUGUUGACUCUGAGUCUGGAGGUCAAAGUGGUGCUUUCCCAUCCAUGUCUUCAGGCCCUUCUGCUUCUUCACAGGAGGCAAUGAUGACAUCUGGGUCUAAUAAUCAGGGCCGUCUAUUUCCAAGAUCUGCAUUCUUAAUGGAGAGGCAAGGUGAUGAUGUUCUUGGUUCACCCCAUUCACUACGGGCCUUGGCUGCUGACAUUGAAGGGAGACACAGGCUAAUAUCUGAGAUUCGUCAAGUAUUGAGUGCCAUGCGGAGAGGAGAGCAUUUACGAGCUGAGGAUUAUAUGCUCUUUGAUCCAUUCAUAUAUCAUGGGAUGUCUGAUUUGCAUGAUAGGCACCGAGAUAUGCGGCUUGAUGUGGAUAAUAUGACUUAUGAGGAGUUGCUGGCCCUGGAAGAACGCAUUGGGGAUGUGAAAACUGGGCUGAGUGAGGAAACUAUUUUGAAACUUAUGAAACAGAGAAAAUUAAUCAUAGGAUCCCCAAGAGAGUUGGAGCCAUGCUGCAUUUGUCAGGAGGAAUAUGCUGCUGGAGAUGAUCUCGGGACACUGGUUUGCGGGCAUGAUUUCCACACCAAUUGCAUUAAGCAGUGGCUGAUGCUGAAGAAUCUAUGCCCCAUAUGUAAAACGACAGCGUUGAUUACAUGAGAGGGAAGACCGUUAUUUUCCUAUCCUGAAAAUACUAUCUUGUUGAUAGAUCAUUAAACCCUACAUGAUGGACAAUAUCUUAUUUCUUUCAUCUGAAACUGGUUUUUCCUUGCUCAUGAGCUGUGUGGUUCGUGAAGAUGGGAACUUCCAGCUGUUAAAGAAAAAGCCGGAAAAAUGUAACCGGAAUUGUUUAAAGUCAUUGUCUGAAACAGAGCCAUUGGAUUAUUUAAAUUUUCUAUGAUAAAUGGGCAAAAUAUUAGUAAUAUUUAUGGACA